UCCCCCCUCCCCCCACCCGGAAAUGACGACGGAGUGUCAACAUGCAAGAUGGCGGCUCAUCACAGGCAGAACACGGCCGGGCGGCGGAAAGUACAGGUCUCCUAUGUAAUUAGAGAUGAGGUGGAGAAGUAUAAUCGGAAUGGAGUAAAUGCACUGCAGCUGGACCCAGCAUUAAAUAGACUUUUUACAGCAGGCCGAGACUCCAUCAUCAGGAUAUGGAGUGUCAACCAGCACAAGCAAGACCCCUAUAUAGCUUCUAUGGAACAUCAUACAGACUGGGUGAAUGACAUUGUACUCUGUUGUAAUGGCAAAACCUUGAUAUCUGCUUCAUCUGACACUACUGUUAAAGUAUGGAAUGCGCAUAAAGGAUUUUGCAUGUCAACGCUAAGGACCCAUAAGGAUUAUGUGAAAGCCUUAGCAUAUGCAAAAGAUAAAGAAUUAGUAGCAUCAGCUGGGUUGGACAGACAGAUAUUCCUCUGGGAUGUAAAUACAUUAACAGCACUGACUGCCUCAAAUAACACUGUCACAACUUCUUCCCUCAGUGGAAACAAAGAUUCUAUCUACAGUCUUGCCAUGAAUCAGAUGGGAACAGUAAUUGUAUCAGGGUCCACUGAAAAGGUUUUAAGGGUGUGGGAUCCAAGAACUUGUGCAAAGCUUAUGAAACUGAAGGGACACACUGACAACGUUAAAGCUUUGCUCUUGAACAGAGAUGGCACACAGUGUCUUUCUGGCAGCUCUGAUGGCACUAUCAGACUCUGGUCGCUUGGUCAGCAAAGGUGUAUAGCUACGUACAGAGUCCAUGACGAAGGUGUAUGGGCACUGCAAGUCAAUGAAGCCUUCACUCACGUUUAUUCAGGUGGAAGAGACAGAAAGAUAUAUUGUACAGAUUUACGCAACCCAGAUAUCCGAGUGCUGAUUUGUGAAGAAAAGGCACCAGUUCUUAAGAUGGAGUUAGAUCGAUCAGUGGAUCCUCCUCCAGCUCUUUGGGUUGCAACAACUAAGUCUUCUGUGAAUAAAUGGACUUUGAAGGGGGUUCACAACUUCAGAGCAUCAGGUGACUAUGACAAUGACUGUAGCAAUCCUAUCACACCCCUUUGCACACAGCCGGACCAAGUGAUUAAAGGGGGUGCUAGUAUUAUUCAGUGCCACAUUCUCAAUGACAAAAGACACAUAUUAACCAAAGACACGAACAACAAUGUGGCAUACUGGGAUGUGUUGAAGGCAUGUAAAGUAGAAGACCUUGGGAAGGUGGACUUUGAAGAAGAAAUUAAGAAAAGGUUCAAAAUGGUCUAUGUGCCAAAUUGGUUUUCAGUAGACUUAAAAACAGGGAUGUUAACAAUUACUUUAGAUGAGAGUGACUGCUUUGCAGCUUGGGUCUCCGCAAAAGAUGCUGGAUUUAGCAGUCCAGAUGGAUCUGAUCCAAAAUUAAACCUCGGAGGGCUUUUACUCCAGGCACUCUUAGAAUAUUGGCCUCGAACACACAUCAAUCCCAUGGAUGAAGAAGAAAAUGAAAUGAACCAUGUGAACGGCGAACAGGAGAACAGAGUGCAGAAAGGAAAUGGGUACUUCCAAGUGCCACCACACACGCCAGUUAUUUUCGGAGAAGCUGGAGGACGCACCUUGUUUAGGCUGCUAUGUCGAGAUUCCGGUGGGGAAACCGAAUCCAUGCUCCUCAAUGAAACUGUGCCACAAUGGGUAAUUGACAUCACUGUGGAUAAAAACAUGCCAAAAUUCAACAAGAUUCCCUUCUACCUCCAACCUCAUUCAUCUUCGGGAGCAAAAACGCUAAAGAAGGAUCGACUGUCCGCUAGUGACAUGUUGCAAGUCAGGAAGGUGAUGGAACAUGUCUAUGAAAAGAUAAUAAACUUGGACAAUGAAUCACAGACAACUAGCUCUUCCAAUAACGAAAAGGCUGGGGAACAAGAAAAAGAGGAAGAUAUUGCAGUACUAGCAGAGGAGAAAAUUGAACUCUUGUGCCAGGACCAGGUUUUGGAUCCAAACAUGGACCUUCGAACUGUCAAGCAUUUCAUCUGGAAGAGCGGUGGCGACCUGACCCUCCAUUACCGCCAGAAAUCCACGUGAGCCAAGUCCUGGGCCCAACCGGUUCUUCACUUACUUGAGCUUCCUGUCCUUGCUCCAGCUGUAGAAAGCCCACUGAAAACCCUAAGAUAGAUCUGAUCCUUCUAAUGCCUCAGUGCGGACAGAGUCUACUUGAAUUGAAGUGACUAAUAAAUCUGUAAUAUAGACAAAUCUGUUAAUGACCUAAACUAAAGUCUGUCCUUACCGAGGUACAAGUGAGAGUGACGUGAGAAACCCUUGGGUGAUCCGUGGCGUGAGGUGUACAGAGACCAGCCGAGCCGCUGCAGAUAUCUGUAAGGUUCUUAUUUCAGUUUUUAUUUCCAAGGUUGUCAUACAUUCAUCUGCCGAAGCUUGGUAUGGAAACCCUUUCUCAGCCCUGCUGCUAACUUGUUCACAGUGUAAACAAACAAACAAAAACCUGCAUGUACUGUACUUUGUUAAUACAUUCCACGUAGUAAAUUUCGGCCACUUCUCAAGACAAAUCUACUUAAAAGAGGAAAGAACCGUUGUAGAAUUGAGUAGAACAGAGACCCCAGUGUAAGUCCAGGGGGUUGACUUUCUUAGGCUUGCUUUAUGACUGCCUUUCAGCUGUGAUCUUAUAAGAAACCAUUUUUUGGUACUUGGAGUUUAAAGAAAUCAGUAGAUUGUGUGAUUACAGGGUCAGUACAAUGGUGCAGCGCAUCAUGAUGGAGUAUUUCAAAUUAACUAGAAUUUUUAAAGUGUAACUUCUGUAGUCCAUUCUGUCUCUCAAGAUGGCACGCUGGUCAUAAUUCCACAUAACUGUGCUCUCUGUUUUGACAUUUUUGCAAACUGUAGAAACUUUGCAGUGAAUACUGUAGUCAUGAUAGCAAAAAAAAAAAAAGGAUUUGCAGGUUUUCCUCCAGUGGUUUUUUAUAUGCAUUUUUUUGGAUAUUUCUGUUGUCGUAAGUUGUAUACAGCUUGAUUUUUCUUUUCCACUGUUUCUAAAAAAAAAAAAAACAUUUUACAGCUUUUACAUAUUUUCAUUAGUCUUGUAGAAUCUAACUUAUUGUAUCCUGGAGGGAGGGAGGGAACAUUUCAGUGUCUGGGCAAAGCAAAGCUGUCUUUGGUUUAGAAGUUUGAACUGGAACACAACAACCCUGAUGGCAAAAUAAAAUGGUUCUUAUUUGACAGAGAAGCACAAGUGACUUUUCAAGAGGAAGUGAAAUAAAAAUGUGCUUCCCUCCCCCAAAAUUGAGCAUCCUCAUCUUCCUUUAUGGUGGCUGUCAGUUUGAAAAAUGCAGCAAACAUGACAUUGGGAAAAAGAUGAAAUUUUAACUCAGAUAUUGGCUUUGCAGCAUGGAAGUUGCUUCAGUAACUUACGUUACAUCAAGCACCAUAAAGUAGGACGGUAUCUGGGCACCUGACGUAGCAGUUGGCAAUGCCAGCGUGUCCAGAAAUGGAAAUAGUGCCAACCAUGCCAGAGAAAAACACCCAAAGGUGCUGGAGAAGACUAUUCCCAAAAAUAGCCUUCUGAACCUUUCAACUCAUUAGUUUUUUUUUUCAGGGUUUCCUUCCUGUUUUCACUGACCAUGGUUAAAGAAGUAAGAUGGCAACACUUUUUGGUUAAGUUUCCUCUUGGGUGUUGUUUUUUUUGGCUUCGUGUACUAAGGAACUGUACAGAACCUUAUGGGAUUCCUAUUCCCCAUUAUCACAGUGACUACCAUGUUGCAAAUGUAACAUUUGGAUUGGUCCUUUUAUCCGCCUGUGCUCCAGAUGAGAUGCCACUGCUUAAACUGGUUCAGACUGGCGAUCGCAUGCACCUUUCCCCCUCUUCGGUAUCAUUCAUUAUGUAAAUUCCGUUUGUGCUCCCUUGCACAUUUAGUGAAGUUGGUGAAUUCAUUGGUUCAACGGAAAUGUAAAUUGUUCUGAAUUGUAUUCCUCAAUCGACCCCUGAUUCUGGCUUCCGUGCUCUCCUUCAUGUCGCCACUGAAAACAACUUUUGAUCCUUCCCGUUCUCCUCCUUUUCUUUAUUUUUGAUUUAUUUUAAAAUCAGCCAAGAGUUUAACCUUGAUUUUCUACAGUCCACGUAAUGUCGUUUCAAGAAAGAUUGACUGAGGGCCUGCAAUGCCAAAAGGACAAAUAUGUAUUUCACAGUUGUAUAGAAAUAAAAAAAACUUUAGGUAACAUUUCCAA